GUUUCCUUCCUUUUUGGAACUACCAGCUGCCUUUCUCAAACCCCUUCACCCCACCUCCCAACUUCGUUUUCGCCAAAAUGGAUCCAAACCUGUUCCUUCCUACUCGACAAGAUCAAGUAAAAGCUGAAUUAGCCGAAUUACGGAAACGACUGUCACGAGCUAAUGAAGAAAAAGAAAAGCUCAAGCGGGAGAUCAUGGAAGAAGAUAUUGCAUAUAUCGCUACAGUUAAACUUUCCUCAGAAAUCAAAGAUACAACACGAGAUAAGGCAUCAGAAUUACUUGAUAAACAACAGGAGAUCUUGAGCCAACUGAUGGAGGCUGUCAAAGCACGAUGUGUCCAAGAAUUAAUUGGAUAUUAUCGGCUCGCUGGUCAGACGCUGUUUACAUUCCAACGCUAUCGCGGUAUUCGCUUUGAGACGUUCUAUGGGCAGACUUAUUAUGAGCCAUACUACCUGCUACUACUACCCAUAAUGAAAGGCCAGAUAACCGAUAGGACCGACUUUUCAGGUUUCGAGAUAUCUAAACACACUAUUCCCAACUUUAUCCCCGUUGAAAAAAUCAGUAAAGCGUUCUUUCCUCGUGAUAUGAAUGCUUUUAUCCGCGUCCUUCACGAUUUUUUGCUUGCUUACGUGGGACGACGCGCACAAUAUGAAGCGAUGCAGGCUUUAUGUGGUCAAACAAAUGCCCAAACGUCUGUAACGACACACGAAGAGUCAAUAAAGAGCAUCACAAUCGUGCAAAAGACCGGUGUCGACAGCUUUGUGGUUGUGGAUUUAAUCUAUGAAAACCUGGCAGAUGAUUUCCCUACCAAGGUAAAGCUCUCUCCAGAAGAUCGUGAACACGAAAACAAAACGGAUAUCUUUUUACGGAACCGACUUCCAGAAGCAUAUAAACUUGCAUUUUCGGCGUAAUACAUAAAAUUAUUAUCAAAGAUCCAAAACCUACUACUGCUAUUCUCCUCAACCACAUACUGUACACGUGUUCGCUGGUACUUUUCAACA